AUGUCGUCGUCUCUUCUGACUUUGGAGCACCUGGACCCGGAGCACUUGGACGCAGCGACGAGGGCUAUCCACAACCUCGUCUCGAGUGAGAUUGCCGAAUCUACCUUUAGCCAGAUUGUGGACGGCAUGCCAACGUUUAUGUCUUACGUUGAAUUUCAUGACCCUCCCGACGACCACCCUAUCAAUGAUCACGAAACAUUGUGCCCUGGUGCCCUGGAGAAGACGAGAGAAUUGCGUGCAGGCUUCGAGCCGUUGACGCUCUCUUUUAAUUCAUGCGCCGUUCAAGCCUUCCAGGAUUCUGAAGCAGGCUCCAAUGAGUUCGAGCUUCGCCUGUUCGAAUUGGUCGCCAUCGCGUGUCAUCAGAUUGCGGUGCAACUGUACCAGCUCGAUGACGGUGUUCAUAAGCAUCAAGAGCAUGAGACCUGGCAAGCAGAGGCGGUGUCUCGUCUACCGAAGGAUAGGCCAUAUGCCGGGCGCUUGUUACCUCCAGCCACCGCUUUUUGGCAUUGGCAUUAUAAGGCCAGUCAUCAAUAUCCCAAUGGCAUCGCAGAUGUCGUUGGGUACUGGGCUGAAGCCAAGAUCUUUGGGGGCGUAGUUGUCUUUGAUCGAGGCGAGACCGAAACCGAGGCCAAGAGGGUAUUUCUCCACGCAAGCCGCUACUCAGGCCCGAGGACACUAUAUCCGCCUACCGAGUCCCAGCACCGUGAGCUAAUGAAAUUCCUCCUCUCCGAGCCGGGCACAGACCCAUGUCCGCUUCCAUUGCUCGACUCCAUGGACAACCGUCCGCGCUACGAAGCAUACGAUGCAUUUGCGUAUUUCCACGUCUUUCGAGACAGAUAUGAAAGAGUAUUGCCCCCAGAGCGCCGGAUAAAGGAUGUGUGCAGCACUCAGGAUUUCCCCGAGAUCGCGGAUCGGCGGUAUAUAAUCGAGAAGCAUUGGGCGCGAGCAACGGGGGAGAGUAUUGACGAGGCAGAGCUGGCUGCUGCCGAGGAGAGGUUACGGAACAUUACGCCGUCGUCGCCCUGUUGGACAGGUCCCGUGCCCUGGAAUGGUACACAAAGCAUUCGGUAG